AUGCUCAGCAGCGGCCAUGCAGCGGACGGUCUGCACCGCCUUGCGGCAUGUGCAUCAUCAGCUCACGCUGCCGCCGAAGUCGCGCUUUCACGCCGGUAUCAGGGCAUCGUCCAGCAUCGCAUCGAGCGCAGCAAGCAGCACCCGGUCAGAAUUCAAAGCAGAGAGAAAUGGACGAGGAAGAAGGCGAAGAAUCCAAAGGAGAAGCAUGCGCGCAAAGAGGAGGAAUUAAAGAAAAAGAUGCUCAACGAGGAGCUGCGAAACCCAAGGGUGCUGGACCGAUUCCUCGACCAGAGCGAAUGGGCGGGAAGGCUGUAUCCGGAGCGGCCGCGAGAUGCGUCUGGCAACCCAUUACCUCUGACCGACGAGCAGCAGGCCAUCAUGAAACUGGUCGUCAAGGACGAGCAGAACGUCUUCUUUACCGGGCCCGCUGGCUCUGGCAAGUCCAUGCUGUUGCGAGAGCUAAUCGUUGCACUCGAGGAGAAAUACCCUACGAGACCGAACCGCGUCCAGGUUUGUGUGCUUACUGGCUUGGUCAAAGAGCAAGCAUGGGGGAAGAAUUUAGAGGAAGCCAGGGCUGUUGUUCUCGACCGCAUUUCGAUGAUGAGACCGGGUGAUUUUGUCCAAUUGGAGCGAGAUGCGCGGAGGAUACGCAAAAACAACAGACCGUUCGGCGGCCUGCAAAUCGUGGCUACUGGGGACUUUGCUCAACAACUACGUGACCCGAACCCGAAAGAGCAACAUCCCGAACCGAAAAUGUCCUUGUCCCACGUCUUCCGCCAAAAGGAUCCAGACUUGGUCAGAAUGCUCAACGAGACCCGAGAAGGCCGCGUCUCAAAACGCACCAUCGCCACGCUGGAAAGACUGAACCGGCCGCUGAUAAAAUGGCAUGGCCUAGAGCCAACGGCCCUUUCGUCGUCCCCAGAAGAAGUCAAUGAAGUGAACAGGACCCGGAUGGACCGACUCCAAGGAAAGGGAUACACGUACCGCGCCCUUUCCUACCACGGCCAAGAUUUUUCACGGGCUCGGCAUAGACUGUCCCGUCAGUGUAUUGUUCCAAACUCGCUACAACUAAAGCUACAAGCACAAGUGAUGCUCACAAAGAACCUCUCCGACCCUCGCCUGACCAUCGGAACCAUUGGCAAAGUCGUAUCAUUCCACCCCACCGGCCAGGGGGACAUUCCUCGACCGAAGGUCCGCUUCGUGCUUCUGGACGGCAGCACCGUAGACCACAUAUGCACCGAGGAGACGUGGAAGGCCGAUUGCUACGUGCCGGGCCAGGGCCGGAAGAUUCUCGCCAGCAAGACGCAAAUCCCGCUCAUCCCCGCCUGGGCUCUGACCGUCUCCGCGGCGCAAGGCCUGACGCUCCCGCGCGUCAAAGUCGAUCUGGCGCAGACCACCUCCAACUCGCCAACUACACCAAGCCCAAAGGCAGCCCGAGCACGCUGA